GGAAACAUGGGUGUCAUUUAAUUAUUUUCAAGAUGUACAUCAAUUACUUGCAAAUAUUAAACAAACUUUUGUCUAUAGUAAAGCCGAAAAGUACGCUAUAUAUUAUAUCUUUGACGCCAUGGAGUACCUAAUGCAAAAAAUAUACCUCUAUUUAAUACAACAAGAUGGAAUACCUGAUUUCGUAUGGCAUUUUAUAUAUAUCAAAAUUUAG